ACGGUGCACUAGACAAGAAGAAGAAGAAGAAGAAGAAGAAGAAGAAGAAGAAGAAGAAGAAGAAGAAGAAGAAGAAGAAGAAGAAAGCGCAUGCGCAUCAAAACUAGCUGCUUUACGUGCAGUGCGAACAUAUUGACAUAUUCAGCUUUUAAAUGGCUAACUCUGCCUGGUCAGAAAGUGUUCUCCGACUCCUCCGCCGAAUGAAUAACUUCUAUUUACCAGUCUCGAAUCGUGAGAACUGCAUUAGGUUUAAGAUAGGCGAAGCGCAAGUCGGUUGGAUUCCUCCCCAUGUAGCCUCACUGUUGGGACGGUAUCCAGAGGUGUUCAGUCCGCCACACGAUGGCGCAGUGUCACUUUCUCACAGUCUGGACUCCUACCAGAAGAGAUCCGAGGCUGUGGACGCCGUCCUACAGACUCUGAGACAAGAGGGCUCCCUGCCCUGCCUUAAAGGAUGGAGAGAUGAGAAAUACAGCGUGAUGUCAAAAUUCUCCGACCCUCCUCUGAUGUGGAUGGAAAGAGCUGCAACAUGUCUUUUUGGGGUGAAACGGUAUGGGGUCCAUCUUAAUGGUUACACUGUCAGUAGCAGUGGCGAGGUCAGCAUGUGGCUGGCACGACGCUCCCCCGCUAAGCAGACAUACCCUGGACUUCUGGACAAUGUGGCAGCAGGGGGUCUGGCGGCUGGGCUCAGCAUCAAACAAACUCUGGUCAAAGAAUGUCAGGAGGAAGCUUGUAUCCCAGCAGCCAUUGCUGAGAAGGCUUGUCCUGUUACCACAGUAAGCUACACCUAUGAGGACAAAGAAGGGGUCUAUGCAGAAACUCAGUUUGUCUUUGAUUUGGAACUUCCGCUGGAUUUCAAGCCCAUUAUAGGGGAUAAAGAGGUGCAAGACUUCUACCUCCUGUCCAUAGAUGAGGUGAAGGACCUGUUGGCCACUGAAGACUUCAAACCCAACUGUGCCAUGGUGGUCUUGGACUUCCUCAUUAGACAUUCAUUUAUUGAGCCAGACACAGAGCCAUGUUAUCAGGAAUUUGUGGCAGGACUCCAUCAGACAUUAGAAUGAAGCUGAGGACUGAGCCCACUGUCAGGCCAAGACACCACCUGCUGGAUGUUGCACUGUUUCUUAGUGCUGUAUUGUAGACAACUGCACUUGUUUCUGUUUCUUGAGGACGUUUGAGGUUGAUGGUCCAUUUCUGUCCAUUUCUUUAUUAUGAUUAGAAACCUGCAGCUCGACAGAGGAAACCGUCGACUGGAGUUCUUUUGCUCCCUCCUGAACUGGAUUCAGGAUAUUGUUUGGUCUGGAGCAACCCACCAAGUCAGUCAGUUAACAGUCCACAGGGUCCUCAUUUAUAAAACAGACUUAUUAUCAGUUUUGAUCUCAAGUAUGACAUAAGUGUAGGUAGUAAUUUGUAAAACCUUAAUUUUGAUGUGGCAAUAAUGUUUUCUCUAAACAAAAUAUAAACACGAGUAAGUGAUUUUAGUUAUAUAUGGGUUUUGCAGUUUGUGAAACAUCUGUCCAAGUCUGCAGUGAGAUUUUUUGAACAAUAUGCGGUGGCAACACACACUCAACCUUCUAUUUAGGCCACUGAAUAUGGUCUACCAUAUUCAAAGUUCAAUUUAAUCUUUUGUUCCAUGACUUUUCUUGACUGAACCCUCAUUUGUGCUGCAUUAUGGAAGGGGAAACCACAAGGCAAGUGCCAUCCAUUUAAGUUGAUUUAAGGUCAACAUAUCACAGGUUAGUUUCAAAUGGAAUUUUUAGAACCUGCUUAAAGGGGCUCUGCGGAACUUCUGUUUUGUGGUGGAAGCCGUUUAUUAGCUCAUGUACGCGGACCCCACUUUUAAACUAACAUUAGCUACUGUUGCUCUCUGUUAGCAGAGCCGGGAGAGGCACUGAGAUGAGGCACUUGAGAAUGUAUAUAUAAAGUCACAUCCUUUGUACUGUCAUGGAAAAUCCAAACUGAGUCCUUGAAAAAGAAAUCCACCCAGCCCAGUAGCACUUAAAAACUUAAAUCAUCCACAGGCUUGUAUAGGACACCAGAUGAGACAGAGACGAAGCAUAGUCUGAUAUGAGUCUGAUAUCUUCAUGUAUAAAUCUAAGAACAAUUUUAUAAAUGAGACCCAAGGUAUGUGUUCCCAAAAUCAAGAACAAGCUUCACCGCUUCAGUCUUGUAGGGUGACUACAUCCCAUUUUUUCCAAUCCAAGUAAUCUUGUCAAGCACUGUUCAUUACAUGGAAUCAUUAAACUUGUUCCAAGGUGCUGAUUGUCCUUUGUGAAAUAUUUAAUCUAUUUUAUUACCGCUGACAAUGCAAACUACAAAUUUAGCAAGAAAAAUAAAGGUUUUUUUCCCUUUUUGUUUGAACAGUAACCACCAAUUGUUCACAGUAAAGUGUGUUUACAGAUUUUGGGGAGUACUACUGCAUAUGUGAAAAAAGAAAUCUGAAGCCUUUUGUGGCUCCAGCUGAAGCUGCAAGUAAACUGAAAUUCUUCCAGUGAUGUCACACAAAGGCUUAAUUGCAUUGUGGGUGCCAUGUUUCCAAAAGUAAGUUGAAUGCAUAAAAUAAAAAAUGAUAUGUGGUUCUGCUGGUGCCUACAUUCCCCAUAAUGAAACACAGUCAUUGCAUGACAUCACUUGAGGCAAUUUAUCAGA